GUUUCAUCGGCAACCUGGUCCUCGAGUACAAAAGAGAAAAGUAAACCGAAGCACCAGAGAACGGUCAAACGCUGAAGGCAACAAGCAUCCAUCCUCAUCUUUUCUCUCUCUCUCUCUCCACACUCAGCUGUCAGCGAGGUCCAGGAGCGGGAAGAACACAUAUCUUGCUCCUCUUAUCUCUUUCCUCGUUUUCUCUCAGCCCCUCGAGCAAUGCAAAUGGCCUGAUCUCUCAUCUCUCUCGGUGUUCCCCUCAGUUAUCUGCUUCUUCAGAACAGAAUACAGCAAAACAAGAAUGGAAUCGCCCGAGUCGUCUUACGUUUCUUCCCCCGAGGCCCCACCGAAGCGAUCUGGACCUCCAAAAUCACCCCCUCGAGAUUACAAAGAGAGGCCUACCUACAUUAGAUUCCUUGUAUCAAAUGCAGCUGCUGGUUCUGUCAUUGGAAAGGGUGGUUCCACUAUUACAGAGUUUCAGACACAAUCUGGAGCUCGAAUUCAAUUAUCACGCAAUCAUGAGUUUUUUCCAGGAACAUCUGACAGGAUAAUCGUGAUAUCUGGAACAAUCGAUGAAAUUCUCAAGGCAAUGGAACUAAUUCUUGCCAAGUUGCUGAGCGAGGUUCAUUCUGAAGAUGGUGAUGAUGUCGAUCCUAGAACGAAAGUGAGGCUUAUAGUUCCCAAUAGCUCUUGUGGUGGCAUAAUCGGGAAGGGUGGAGCUACCAUAAAGUCAUUUAUUGAAGAAUCCCAGGCUGGUAUCAAGAUAUCUCCUCAGGAUCAUAAUUAUAUUGGAUUGAAUGAUAGGCUAGUGACAUUGACUGGGUCUCUGGAGGAACAGAUGCGGGCAGUCUUUCUGAUUUUGACAAAGCUAACUGAAGAUGCUCAUUACUCACAGUCAAUGAGUGCUCCAUUUUCAUAUGCCGGUGUCAACUUCUCCGGUUUUCAUGGCAUUCCAUAUGCUUAUGUGCUUCCUUCUGUUGGAACAGUAGCAUACAAUACUAUAAACUAUGGAACAAAUGACGCCGGCGGGAAAUUUCAAAAUGAUAAGGAUGAUCGAGGCAGUUCUGUGACAAUUGGUGUUGCAGAUGAGCAUAUUGGAGUUGUUGUUGGUCGUGGUGGAAGGAAUAUAAUGGAGAUUAGUCAGGUUAGUGGGGCCAGAGUCAAAAUAUCAGAUCGAGGGGAUUUCAUGUCUGGCACAUCAGACAGGAAAGUGACAAUCACAGGGUCUCAAGGUGCAAUCCGUAUGGCUGAAGCUAUGAUCAUGCAGAAGGUUGCUUCUGCCACGGAGAGGUGAUGUGUGGGGGGCGCAGAUUUAAUAGCUCCGUGUUACAUUAUUAAUUUUCUCUCUCCGUUUUCCUUCAUUGUUGUUUGGGAUUCGUCUGUGGAUUUGGAGAUUACGAUUCUUUUAUAUCUGACUCAGGGAGUCUUGUCUGUAUAGACCUCUACUAAUAUAUACUUUAAAGGAGGAAUCCUGAAGGAAGAAAAAAGUCAAACGAAGGAAGAAAAGAAGAGUUUCGAAAUGGACCACUGCGGGUGGGCAUUUUCUCCUGGAUUUGGGUACCUAUAUCAUGUUAUGGUAGAUAAGAGGUCACUGGUUUCCAUUGAAAAGACUAAUUAAUAGAGGUUCUGUAAUUUUUUUUUUUUUUGGUUCAGCAUGAUAUUCCUUUUUUCGUGUAAAAAUUUUUAACUUAAAAAUAUCUAGUGGUAUAUUGAGACCCAUAUUUUUGCUUUGGUAAA